AUGAAGGGACGGCAUCGAGUCACCGGCGAGGUGAUCGCUCUGAAGAAAAUUCCCAUCGUCGCCUCUGAGUACGGCGUACCACAGAGCAUCCUGCGCGAAAUUGCUCUGCUGAAGAAUAUCGGCAUUUAUGAGCACCCAAACAUCAUCAGGCUUUACGACGUUUGCCAUGGUUUAGGACCCGGCCAGGAGUUUUACAUACAUCUUGUUUUAGAGUACUGUCCACUGGAUUUGGCGACAUUGCUCUCUCGUAUGGCGGAGAAACACCUGUCCGAAGCGACCGCAAAGGACAUGGCCAAGCAGAUCUUACGCGGUAUCGACUUCCUUCACAGAAAUCGCAUUAUUCACAGAGAUCUGAAACCUCAGAACAUCCUCAUCAGUGUCGAUGGCAUAUUGAAAGUCACCGAUUUUGGCCUGGCGCGAAUAUAUUCGAUUGCUAAGCUGACCACCGUGGUGAUGACUUUGUGGUAUCGUGCUCCGGAGGUGCUGUUGCAGUGCAGCUAUACGACUUCAUCUGACCUAUGGAGCUUCGGGUGCAUAUUAGCUGAACUCUACACACGUGUUCCCCUGUUUAAAGGUGUUAAUGAAGUCGAUCAGUUGAAGGCGAUAAUGGAAAUCGUUGGUUUACCUUCGGCCGAAGACUGGCCUAGCGAUACCAGAAUCUUGCGGACGUCAUUCCCGAUGUAUCCUAAAAUUCCUGUACCGAAGAUCGUUCCGUUAAUCAGUCACGCCGGAGCUUCCCUGUUAGAUGUAUUGACGCUGAUUUUUGUUCGAAUAUUGGUCUUCAAUUUGUGUUUACAGAAACUCAUUUCUUUCGGUCCUAACAGAAGACCGUCAGCCGCUCAAGCACUUGCUCACUCGUACUUUACUGCCGUUUGA